AUGACUUUUCACCCUGAUUCUCUUCCAGACUUGACCGGCAAAGUCUACAUUGUCACAGGUGGGAAUUCUGGCAUAGGAUAUCACACUGUUUUUCGCCUCGCACAGCAUGGCGCCCAUGUAUACAUGUGCGCGCGAUCUCCUACGAAAGGAGCAAACGCCAUUGCUAGCAUCAAAUCUUUGUAUCCCCAGGCUCACAUAACGCUGCUUGAGAUGGACCACCUAAAGUUAUUUCUUUCCAAAGAAAGCGCACUGCAUGGAUUGGUCAACAACGCUGGAAUCAUGGCCACACCCUUUGAAAUGACACAAGACGGACACGAAGCGCAAUGGCAGACAAACUACCUUGCACACUGGGUCUUCACCUCCCACCUUCUGCCUUUGCUGCUGAGUACUUCCAAGACUCUUCCACCAGGCAGUGUGCGGGUCGUGAACUUGUCAUCGUCCGGUCACAAUUCAGCGCCUACAGGUGGGAUCAACUUUGCCGACACCUCUCUCAAAAGCGGCGGUAGCGGCAUGGGCCGUUAUGGUCAAUCGAAGCUCGCCAACAUCCUCCAUGUCAAGACCCUCAACGAGCAUUACGGCCCGGGUUCGUCGAAUGCCAAAGAUGGAAACGGGGAGAUUUGGGCGACCGCUGUUCACCCUGGACUGGUAAAGAGUAACCUGGGAGAGCAUGCUGAACUCCCCUUCAUCUUUAAAAUGAUAAUCUUGCCAUACAUGGCGCUUGGUGGAGGAAUGGACGGUGACAAGGGAUCGUGGACGAGUGUCUUUUGCGCGGCCAGCCCCGAGAUGAAGGCCGAGCAGAGUGGUGCUUAUUUCCAGAGAAUUGCGGAUCCCAAUGGCUGGCAGAGUGCCAUGGCCCAAGAUAAGCGGCUUGCUGCGAGGCUGGAGGAAUGGACGAGCGCAGAAAUGAAGAAAGAGGGAUGGAUUAGUUGA